GCACGUGAAACGGGAAGUGCGUUUUGACGCGGUGGCGGGGGCAGUUUGCAUCGAUAAAACGGAACCGAGCGACCCUCGGUGCGGCCUCGGUGCAUAUGUCUGACAAAACGGAUCCCAAAGGCAUGGCCAGUAGCACGGAGGAUUACGGGUCGGAAUUACAGGAGCUGCAGUGGGGCGGCGGUAGCGGGACGCAUUUCCUGCGCAGCGGCACUCACUUCCUGAGAAGCGGCACCGGCGGUUGCUACGAAGCUGAGGAUUUAGAGCCCACCAGCAGGCAUCAUGGUGGUCAGCACAGGGGAUAUUACAGCCCUCCGGGCACGAGUUACACGAUCGUCGAGAGACCUCCGAGUGCUCCUCAUCACCAUUCCUCGCACACCACACCGUACAGGCACAGGGGACACGCCACCGGAGGUUCUGGUGCCAUAUCACCGGAACAGGUGCUCAGACUUUUUGGGAACGGUGUGUCGGAGCGUCGACAGGGCGACAGAAGAACGCCGGCAUCCUCGCCGGCGAGUGUCGCCGCGGUUCGAAGCACGCCCUCGUCGACGUCCCAGCAGCAACAGCAGUCGCAGCAGUCGCAGCAGUCGCAGCCGAAUCCCGCGAAUCCUCCGACGUCACCGAGCUCUCAGCCACUGAGUCUACAGGAGCUCACCGUAAGGACAAUCACCAUGACGAGAGAUCCACCGGACUCUCACCAUGGCUUUGGGAUCUGCGUGAAGGGUGGCAAGGACGCAGGUGAGAUCCGAAGUACCUUCAGGCUACCUCCAUCGCCGUACUUCGCGCCUCAAGAUCGAGAAGCGCAGUCAGGGGUGGGUGUCUACAUAUCGAGGGUGGAGGAGGGUUCGGUGGCCGAACGCGCUGGACUCAGGCCAGGAGACACCAUCUUGGAGGUGAACGGCACACCCUUCCGGGCGGUGACCCACGAGGAGGCUCUCAAAAUGCUGAAAUCAUGCAGGACUCUAAGUAUGACGGUUCGAGGACCAGCGUUGGAUCCUCGUUGCAGAGGCGGGCAUCCGGUGUGGUCUUCUUCCGGUCGACAACAAUCCUGCAGCUGGAUCGACCGUCAAGGUCGUCCAACAUCGCCACCUCCACUUUACCCACCUCGAGACUCGAGGUACGGCCCAAGGACGAGAAAAGUCGAGCUGUGCAUCGAACCUGGUCAGUCCCUUGGUUUGAUGAUCAGGGGUGGUCUGGAGUACGGCCUUGGGAUUUAUGUCACCGGAGUCGACAAGGACAGCGUGGCCGACCGAGCUGGACUUUUGGUAGGUGACCAAAUCAUCGAGGUAAAUGGUCAGAGCUUCGAGGAAGCAACCCACGACGAGGCAGUGGAAAUCCUGAAGACAAACAAGAGGAUGACCCUUCUGAUUCGCGAUGUCGGGAAAGUGCCACAUUCUUGCACCACCAGUCAACCAAUCGUCAUGCCAACAUCUAGGUACCCCGAACAUGAUCCUUUGCUCUUGGAGAGCCCAGGAAAUCAUCGACCGCCGAGUCCUACCGUCGCGAGCGAUUGGAGACAUAGAGGCGGUAUGCACACAGUUUCCGCGGCGACGGCCGCGAUGGUGGAAGAGAAAGCAAGGGUGGUUCUCGCGAGAAGCGAGAGGGCUGCGCUCUCUCAGCUUUUAGCUGACUACAGAACACGUCGAAUGACGAUCGAGGAGCUAGUUGUCAGUUUAGGAGACCUGCUGAACACCCAUGAGAAACUGACUCUUCUAACCGAGCUCAGGGAACUCGUCGACAGUAAAGACAGAGCUGCUUUCGACGAUUUGGUUUACAGGCCUCGGGUAGCCAUGGCAAGGAGAAAAGGUGACCGUGCACACUCGGAUUUGAUAGUGACGCCUUCCCUGCACGAUCUUCCGAGGGGUGUACCCGGUGGUUGUUGCCGUCCGGGACGACUGGUGGACGUCGAGGGAGAUCCUCUAGGAGUAACAGGACCUCUUCUGCCACGGGAUAACCAGGAAUAUAGAUCGCCCAGCGAGGACAGCGGUCUCGGGGCCGACAUGCCCAGGACCAGAGUGGGCUGCAGGAGGACGCAGCAACACCAAGUGACGACCUCCGAUCUCGCCCUCUCCAACGACGACGAGUGCGACAACCAGGACUACGAGGACGAGCUGGAGAACGGACGCGGACGAAGACACAGCUCGCCUGGUGGAUCGCGGGGCAACCCUAGGGAUUACGGUCAUCAUCAUCUUCAUCCGGACAAUUUGGAGAGCGACGGUGGUUGCGAUGGUAGCGACGCCGAGAUGAUCGGUAAUGGGAGACGCGGAGGCGGAACGGAAAGGGAUCGCGAUAUGGAGGAGGAUGAGGACGAAGGAAGGGAGGAAAGGAGCUCAGAGGGUGGAGGUGGUGGAGGUUUCGGUGGUUGGAGGUCCCACCUGCUCGGUGGGCUGACGCAACGUGUCAAAUCCUGGUACUGGGGCGCCAGGCCCCUCGAACUCGCGCACAAACUCUCGCGGAGCUUCGACAUGCAAGAAGCUCAGCUCCUCGAGGAGGGUGGUUCUGGUGCAGCUACUGCCGGUGCUGGUGGUGCCGGUGGUCCGCCACGAAGACAUCACAGCGCUCAAAGGUUGGCUAGAAGCGAAAUGUCGGAGAGAAGGGAGGAAGACGGCGCCCUGGUGGUCCCUGAUCAUCAAGGUAACCUGAGGAUCACCGUGAAGAAGACCAAAUCGAUUUUGGGCAUUGCCAUCGAGGGUGGUGCCAAUACCAAGCACCCACUGCCCAGGAUCAUCAACAUACACGAUAAUGGGGCGGCGUACGAGGCCGGUGGCCUCGAGGUCGGUCAGCUGAUACUGGAAGUCGACGGCCACAAAGUCGAAGGUCUCCAUCAUCAGGAAGUAGCAAGACUGAUCGCAGAGUCGUUCGCAAGGCGAGACCGCAACGAGAUCGAGUUCCUGGUUGUCGAGGCGAAGAAGAGCAACCUGGAGCCGAAACCGACGGCUCUGAUAUUCCUGGAGGCGUAGCAGGAAUCUCCCACCUCCGAGCCGGAACCACCGUAGCCCAACGUGACAAGAGCUCGGCCCGCGACACAUUUCGAGCGUCGUCGACACUGAACCGUCGGUUGAAGCUGAAGAGUUUCGUGAUGGAACGAUGCGAUAGAUCGUCAAGCUUGUCGAUCAACGAACACAGUCGACACGAGGAGAAAGACGGAGGACGAGCUUGGCUCUUCAUCUUCAUCGAACGCUGCCGAUUCGACGUGUGUCGAGCUCUCAGUCAGGUGCUAAUUGAGCCUGGCCUUGGUGGUGGGAAUUUUCCAAGAAGAAAGCACGAGGAAUAAAACGAGACAAACAAGGAGAGAAGUAAGUGCUGCAGAAGAAGAAGAAGAAGAAGAACAGGGGAGAUGUUAAGAGGCGAGUGAAGCUCGAUUAGCGAGUCAAUGGGAUGAUAAUUACGCGAUCGUCCACACCGUCGUGGUUGCCCUUGCUGCUUUCAGGCUAACGGUACCAGAUGUUUCUAGUACUUCUAGAACUUUCCAACUCUUUAGCCGAGUCCAAGAUACCGUUGCCUGGCAAGAACAAAUCGAAAAUUGUCGAUUUGAACCAGCGACGAGGAACAAAGCUAUCGGACGAUCAAAAAGACAAAAUAUAAAGGAGUACAAAGAAGGUAUGGUUCUUGAAAGAUUGUGCGAGCAGAGACACUUUGGGUGUGAAGAUGACGUUUAAAGAGAGAAGAAGGAUUGUCUGUGCCAAACUAUUAGGGAUUGUUUCGUGUAUACUAAUUAUGAUACUCUUAUAAUCGUAAAACGAGAUACAAUAGGGGACUCUAUCAUCAGGACAAGAGUGGAGAUUCAUCGAGCGCAUGAGUACUGAUCCUGAGUGACUAACUUGUGCUAAUACGCCUCAUGACGUUGGUGUUGCGUGAACGCUCGUCUCACGGAUACGAAACACGAACAGUGUCAAGAGAUACAGGACAGUGAGAUCACGCGAGACACGAUGAUUCGCUGAAACGCGUUUUCAAAGAUCCUGAACGGUGUUGCCGGGUCAGGAUUUUCGUCGAUCUGAUUCCUCGAAGGGAUUAUUUAGUGAUACCGUGAUGACAAUCGGUUUGAACUGUCUUUUAAACACACACUGUCUGGAAGAGGUAUUAUAUAAUUUCAAGCUACCGUUUCAAAUUUUUCGAACCUACAUUUUCCAAAUUUCUCACUUCGAGUUUUUACUUCGAACUUCAGAAUCACUUUGAAUUACCAAGAAGAGUAGCUGUUACAUAUUUUUAUAUUUGUCAAAUCACAGCCUGUUAAGAACCCUCGACUACGGAUCCACAGAACUCUAUUUUUGCAUAAAAUCUAGAUAAAGUGUAAGCGAGUAAUUACGUAUUUAAGAUCAACAGGCGACGCGAGGAAAAAACUGAUCGAGGAACGAAAUCGACGAAACUCCUAGCCGAGCGGAGACCGAGACUAACAUAGACUUAUUACGGGAAUUGUUGAGGCUUAACGAAAUAUAUUAUAUAUACAUAUAUAUUAUAUGAUAAUAUUAUCGACUAUCGUAGUGGAAUUGCAAACAUGUACCUACCCGAUCACACCUCGCGGGUGAGCCGGAACUUCCGGUGCGGCAGCGAGGAGCGCGCAGACGGAUAAACGGAGAUGAUUCUAUAAGAGAAAGCGAAAUAUUUUCAACAAGUUUAAAACUAAACCUAGAGAACGCGUUACUUAGUUAAUGGGCCUGGUCGUUUGAAUUUUCGAGGGAUCGCGGACGAUCGGCGCGUCGAGAAAGAAAUAUCUCAAAAAAAGGGUCGAGCAAAAUCGUCAAUGGUCGAGGGAAUGAAC